AUGCAUUCUAAAGUAAUUUUAGCCUCUGUUGUCCUAGCACUCAUCCCAUCAACCCUAGCUGCACCUUACCAGUCAGCAACGAACACGCAGGACACCAAAUGUGCAUCCACUAUCAACACUUCUAUUCAUGUUUCGAGGUCGAACACCGUCGACUAUGAGCCAAUCCCAUCAACAAAAAAUACAGUUGUCGCUGCUCCAACUCCUGCUGUGGUCUGGUGGGGGUCUCCCAUUAGAUCUAGGGAUACCGAGCACUUGGAAGUCACUCGGGUUAUAGGCUUGCCUCCCAUCGAAGUUACCCGAGGCCCCCCACCACCACCUACGAUAACUAGGAUCACCGAGAUUUUUCCCCCAGAGGCGACCACUGUGACCGUCAUCCCGAUCCCACCCCCACCCCCACCACCAAAGAAGCUUCACUGCGUUCAAAGAUGGUUCGGCACUGCUCCACUCUGUAACGGGAAAUGCCCUGGAGGUUGGAACGUCGUCAGGUACCAGCGUGAAGCCGCUAAGACCUGCGACAGCUCCACACCAGACAAGAUCAUCGACCGGUGUGAGAACACCAGUAAGCAUGGGUGCUCCUCGGGGCAUAACAAAGCUCUCUGCGAACAGUGCGAAUGGAAGUAG